AGCAGUGAAACCGGGACCACCGGGACCGAGCCGGGGAUACUCCGGGGCCACUAGGACCGAGCCGGGCACCGACCGGUCACGGCAGCUCCUGUCAUCCCAAGCGGCUGCGAGCGGGACGCGCGGCAGGUGCUGUGGAGCCGGGGGACGGCGGCUCUCCCGCACUGGCCGCUGCCUCCCCGGCUCUGGGACGGAGUCCGCUGUCGGGAAUCGGUAAUCCCCCGAGCGGGACGCUCAGGGAAGUGAAAGAUGCCGAAUCGAGAACUGGCGGCGGAGGAGGAGAGCGGGACCGAGACCGAGACCGGGACCGGGACCGGGACUGAGACCGGGACCAACCCCGCCACCGAUGAGAUGGAGAAAGAAAACGAGCGGGUCGGCGGAGGGACACCCGUGUCACCGGUUUCGACCCUGAGCCAGCGGGAGUCCAAGCUGCAGAAGCUAAAGCGUUCACUGUCAUUUAAAGCAAAAGGUCUCAGGAGUAAAAGUGCAGAGAACUUCUUCCAACGGACGAGCAGUGAGACAAAGCUGCAGGUGGAGCUGCUGCCUGGCGUCAGUUCCAGCACUGGACAGCUCCCAGUCUCAGAAAGUCAAACAUCCACCCCAACCAAAACCCAGAGGCAGCCUGAGAACAGGACACAUUCCUUCCUGGAAUACAUUUUCAAGAAACCAACCUUCUGCGAUACCUGCAACCACAUGAUCGUUGGCACCAAUGCCAAACUUGGGCUGCGCUGCAAGGCUUGUAAGAUGAGUAUCCACCACAAAUGCAUUGAUGGCAUUGAACAGCAGCGAUGUAUGGGUAAACUGCCAAAAGGGUUUCGACGUUACUAUAGCUCCCCAUUAUUAAUUCAUGAACAAUAUGGGUGCAUCAAAGAAGUGAUGCCUAUUGCUUGCGGCAGUAAAAUAGACCCAGUGUAUGAAACGCUCCGGUUUGGAACUUCCCUGGCUCAAAGAACCAAGAAGUCAGGGUCUGGCAGUGGAUCUGACUCGCCCCAGCGUAACUCUGCUUCUGACCUGGCUGAAGUCCCAGAGGAAGGUGCUGAUGCUCCACAUGGACUGUCAAGUUUGAGCAGGAAGUAUAGUGAUAGUGUAUUUGGUUCUCUAGAGAAUGGGCUUGAAAAUAUCAUGAGGGAAGAAAGGAAGCCUUCCAGUUCUCUGCUGGAAGAACCUGAAAACAAAGAUUCCUUGCAGCAUUUCAAUUAUGUUGCUUUGUACAGAUUCAUACCACAAGAGAAUGAUGAUCUGGAAAUGCGGGCUGGAGACAGAGUUUUUCUGCUAGAUGAUUCUAAUGAGGAAUGGUGGAAGGGUAAAAUUGCUGACCGAGUUGGAUAUUUUCCUGCAUCGUUUGUUCAGAAAGUGAUGGUGGGUGAGAAGGUCUUCAGAUGCACCAAACCAUUCACAGGCUCUAAAGAAGAAGGACAGAUAAAUGUGAAAGAAAAUCAGAUCUGUGUGGACAAGGGUGAAGAAAUUAAUGGUUUCAUUAAAGUGCGCAGUGGAAAGAAGAAGGGUUUUGUGCCACUUGAUAUCCUUGUCAGUAUCUGAUGUUACAUCGGGUCUGUGUAGUGAAGGUGAUGUUACUUAUUGUGGUACUUGCCAUCCUUGUCUCACAUUAUCAGCAAAGAUGAACUGUCUUGUGGUCCUUUGUGGACAGUCAGACUACCAAAAGAAUCAAUGAAGGAGUUCAUAAUUGCUUCAUAAAAUCCAGAUCUUGGCAUUCCUCUCCCAGAUGGGAGACAGUGAAAUCUGCAGUUGUAUAUAGGGUUUGGCGAUAUCCUAACCCUAUAAAAUCUGACAAUGGCAAGGACAGUUUAAAUGUCUUUACUGUUCAUCUACCCAUUAUUA